UGUCACAGCUGGGUACUUGGCUCGUGGAAGUUGAGCAACAGCCGUCUGGACCGAGCGAGUCGCGGCGUGGAUUUCCAGGAGCCCCGCAGAAUCCACGGAGAAGGUUCGGCUCAGGAAAGUCCAUCACCACGGUUCCGAAUCCCAUCUGUGAAGAUCCACGAUGCGGAGAAGAAGAUGAGUCCUCCAGACGGUCUGGGACAACUUCCUGUCUAUGCUGCUGUCCCUCCCACCCCCCGGACCUCACCCCGCCUUAGCGCCUCCCUUCGCCCGGUCCCCAGUAGGGGGCGGUAAGGCGAUGUCUGGAUGGCGGUCCCAGGGCCGCCUCCUGCUGCUGAACUCGCUGACCUGCGGCCUGGAGAUCUGCGUGGCAGCUGGGAUCACCUACGUCCCCCCGCUGCUGCUGGAGGCGGGGGUGGAGGAGCGCUACAUGACCAUGGUGCUGGGUAUCGGCCCGGUUCUGGGGCUGCUCUUCAUCCCUCUGAUCGGCUCGGCCAGCGACCAGUGCAACAGCAGCUACGGCCGCCGCCGGCCCUUCAUCUGGCUGCUGUCGCUGGGCGUCCUGCUGGCGCUCUUCAUCAUCCCCAACGCCGACCUGCUGGCGGCCCGUCUGCCCUGGGCGGAGCGGACCCUGCAGGUGGGCUUCCUCAUCCUGGGCGUGGGCCUGCUGGACUUCUGCGGCCAGGUGUGCUUCACGCCACUGGAGGCGCUGCUGUCGGACCUGUACCGGGACGAGGAAGACUGCGGCCGGGCCUUCGCCAUGUUCUCCUUCAUGGUCAGCGUGGGCGGCUGCGUGGGCUACCUGCUGCCCGCCGUGGACUGGAGCCGCAGCCCGCUGGCCGCCUAUCUGGGCGGCCAGGCCGAGUGCCUCUUCUCCCUCCUCAUCCUCAUCUUCGUCACCAGCGUCAUCGUCACCAUGAAGGUGUCUGAGGAGCCGUCCCGUUCGGGGCCGGCCCGGUCCGGCCCGCGGCCGGAGCCCGGCGGCGGCGCCAGGGAGGCGGGGCGCUGCGGACUCCCUCGCUCCUGCUUCUCCCAGCUCAGGUGCAAGCUGCGGCUGCUGGGGGCGGGGCCUCUGCUCUGCCUGCUGCGCACCUGCCGCACCACCAUCCCCGCCAUCUUCUGGAGCUACUGCCGCGUGCCGCGCGUCAUCAGGCAGCUGUGUGCGGCGCAGCUCUGCAGCUGGAUGGCCGUCAUGUCCUUCAUGCUGUUCUACACAGACUUUGUGGGGGAGGGGCUUUACGGCGGCGUCCCCAGCGCGGCGCCGGGGAGCGUGGCACGGCAGCGGUACGAUGAAGGCAUCCGCAUGGGCAGCCUGGGCCUGUUCCUGCAGUGCGCCACGUCCACCAUGUUUUCUCUGGCGAUGAGCCGUCUGCUGCGGCGUUUCGGUCCGCGCCGCGUCUACCUGGGCAGCAUGGUGAGCUUCACGCUGUCCGCCCUGGGCAUCUGCCUGUCCGGCAGUAUCGUCGUGGUGACCGCCAUGACCGCGCUCACCGGCUUCGCCUACGCCACGCUGCAGACCGUCCCGUACACGCUGACCUGCCACUACCACAAGGAGAAGGAGGUCUACUUGUCUCCGGGGAAACCCAGAACCUCGCACAGCAGCAACGGCGUGGUGGCGGGGCGGGACGCCGUCUACCUGACCCCCACAGAGGAGGAGGGGGGGGUCCAGAACCACAAACCGCCUCUCCACAGGCAGGACGGAUCUGAAUACUUUCCCCUCCAGCAGGGCGAGGCGGGCGAGGCUGGUGGCGAGCGGCGUGGCGUGGGGCUGGACUUCGCCAUCUUGGACAGCACCUUCCUCCUGUCGCAGGUCAUCCCCACGCUCUUCAUGGGCGUCGUCGUCCAGCUGGCCGGAUCAGUCACCGCCUACAUCGCUAGCUCCGCCCUCUUCGGCGCUGUCGCCAUCUACCUGUCGACCCGCAUCGUCUUCGACCAGAAGGACCUCCAGAGCUGAGGCAGUCAGGUCCUGCUUUACCCACAAUGCCUUAGGGGGUGGGAGGCGUCCUGAGGUAGAACCGGCAGCAACACCAUCCACUUGAAUAAUCUCCAGGUUCCAUCUGGACCAUUUAGAACCGUUCUGCUUUGGUUCUGAUCCAUUUGGUUCUUAAGGUCUCCACUGAGUCCAGAUCCCGAUAUUUAUCCAUAAACAUGAAGUUCUGACCCGUUAAGGCCCGGAAAGGCAAAGCAUUAGGACCUGUUUCUGUUUUGUCCUCCGUUUUCAGGCUGCGUUAGGGUUAAGGGUCAAACACGUUGAUGCAGUUAUAAAUAUUAAUAUUUGAUGAAUAUCGGUCAUUCAUUGGCUGAAAAAAUAUGAAAAUUAGAUUUUAAAGCAAAAUCUCGUUUUAUUAAAAGGAACAUCUACCAGUCUGAAAAAUCCCACCAAGGUGGGCGGGGCCAGGAGAGGCUGGGGGCGUUGCCAGGUCUGACAGAGGGGGAAGACCAAGUCAGCGCUAGCGCUAAUGCUAACGCUAACUUAACCAUUUAGUGGCAUUUCAGACCAUCUGGAGACGUUUCUGUUCCGGAUCGUCUCCUCCAGAAGUUCUGCCGAUUUCCAGACCCUGAAGGAGCAAAGCAGCCCAGGCCAUCAUACUGCCACCACCGUGUCUGACUGUAGUUCCAGACGCAGACAUGAAGUUGGUGUUACUGGCGUUUCGGCCUACUUCCUGCUGCCAGGCGGUUCUGGACUCUGGGGGUUGGAGAGAUUUCUCGGCUUGUUUGACCGUUAGUUUGAUCUGCAGCGUUUAAUGCGACAGGAAAGUGGAGUGAAUAUUUCCUCCAGCUCCAGGUCAGGUGAGCCUCUCUCUGUUCACUGCUGGUGGAUCUGCUGUGGAACCAGUUCAAACUGGUCCAGAGUACUGGUAGCAUGCACACACUGACCUCUGCCCUGCUUAGUUUCCUGCAUUGCCCUGGUUACAGUUUGCAUCUCACUGCAUAUCCAGACGAUAACGCAGGACGCCAGAUGGGCUUGUUGCAGAGAAGUGCAUGGAUACCGUCUCCAUAGCAACCGUCCCUGAAAAGACCAAAAACAGAGGCUGAACCCAGAGCCGGAUGGACUUGUGUGUGUGUGUGUGUGUGUGUGUGGUAAGAAGCCCCCCCCACCCCUCAUUAGCGCCACCUUGAGGUGAAACUCAGGACUCUGUUGCCGUGGCAGCAGUCAGGAGGAAGGUGGCUGAAGAAGUGCCUGCUCUUUAUUAAACAUGUAAAUAUGGAUUUAUUUAUUCUGCUGAAAUGAACAGAUUUCUGGGCUGAAAGCUUUUCUGUGAAAGAUAAAUUAUUUAUAUAGAAAACAACUUUAAAGCUAAUUUAUUUCAUAAACAUCUCACAACCUCUGGCGAUAUGAAGUCAGUUUUAUUAUCCGUCAUGUUUUCAUCCUUCUUUACCUCUGAAUGUCCCACCGGGUCGAUGGAACCAAAUAUCCUGUUUGAAACUAAAGACAAAUCUGAUAUUUUUGAUAUGAAUUCAUUUUGCUCCUCUUUAUACUCUGUACCAGCUGUUACCAAACAGAUUUUAUACAGAAUAAUAAAAACGUUUAUCAUCCA